GAACAGGUGCACACUUGCACAGCGCACGCGAGACGGACGUCCGCACGGCUUUCUCAUCGCGGGAAAUCGCAUCGUGUCGCGUCGCGUCGUCCGGUAACGCGCGCCGAUUUGCCCGGCAUUGCCGGGGCGGAAACGCCGGGCUGUGAGACAGUCCUCUGCGCGGCCGACUCGUUUCGCCGGUUGACUCGCGCCGCUCGCUCGCGCGUCCCUCGAGGGGAUCGGUUCCGUCCCUCCGCCGACCAAGCUCCGUUUUCUAGAACGUUCCAGCCAAAUUUCAAGCCCCUACGCGCGCCGCGUCGCAGCCCCCGUGCUAUGCACGCCCCCGAUGCGUGCCGGGUCGACUUUAUUUCGCUGACGCGUGUUCUUCGCGUGUUGCCGCACGGCUGGUGUCUAUUAACGAUUACGCGGUGCGAAACUGCUGCGGAUCUGCUUUGCACUGGAUCACGGGCAUUACCGAUAGAUCGCAGCGACGGGCACGAUCCUGGGGAUGCGGGAGAUCCGCGGCUACGGCGGUCCACGACACGUUCGCGCGUGGAAAUGCAAUGGAGUAUGGUAUUAAGUUUUCGAGUGUCUGAGCUUCAGAUGCUUCUUGGUUUUGCCGGUAGAAAUAAGUCCGGCAGAAAGAACGAGCUGCAAGCUCGUGCACUGGAAUUAUUGAGCUUAAGAUCACAUCCAGCCAUCCGGCUUAAAAUACGUGAAUUGUACAAGACGAUACAGGCAGAUCAAAUGGCAACACAUCAAAUGUAUGGGCAAACUGGUAGUUCCUCUGAGCCGCAAAUUGACCAAAAUAUGCAUAAUAGAAAUUAUUAUUCAACAAGACAAGCGAUUAGUCAACAGCAGCAGCAACAGGCAUCAGUUUCUGCUGGGAAAGAGUUGACUCCAGCGCAUCAGGCAUCCUUACCUCAGGCACCUAGGACCAAUCCAGUAUAUCAGUCACCUGGUUACACCAGUGUAACACCACAGCGUACCACAAAUGCAGCGUUUAAUCCGUAUCAGCAAUCCGUAUACCCAACCAAAGUUUUACCAGGUCCAUUACAGAUACAACCUACAAGUCAAUACCCGGUCCAUCCAGAUGUUAGGCUGAAGAAACUUCCGUUUUUCGAUUUAUUAGGUGAAUUAUUGAAACCGUCUAGCUUAAUGCCACAGGGAACGAUAAGACUGCAGGAGAACACAUUCCUGUUUCAUUUGACACCACAACAGGCGACAGAUAUCGCCAGCUCGCGUGACUGUCGAGCUGGCAGUAAAAUGGACUAUGUUGUACAGGUACAAAUGCGAUUCUGUUUACAAGAAACCUCAUGUGAGCAGGAAGAUUAUUUUCCUCCAAAUAUUGCAGUAAAAGUUAACGGAAAAUUGUGUCCUUUACCAAAUCCUAUUCCUACCAAUAAACCGAGCGUAGAGCCAAAGAGACCACCACGGCCUAUCAAUAUUAGUCCUUUGGUGAAAUUGUCGCCUACUGUUGGAAACGAGAUUCGUGUCACAUGGUCGGCUGAUUAUGGUAGACGAUACGCAAUCGCAAUAUACCUCGUCAGGAAAUUAUCCAGCGCGGAAUUGCUUACUAGAUUGAAAAAUAGAGGCGUAAGGCAUUCCGAUUAUACUAGAGGUUUAAUUAAGGAGAAAUUAAACGAGGAUGCGGAUAGUGAAAUAGCUACAACGUCACUGAGGGUAUCAUUAGCCUGUCCGCUGGGAAAGAUGAGAAUGUGCACGCCGUGUCGUGCGUCGACAUGCUCUCAUUUACAGUGUUUCGACGCUUCUUUGUUCCUUCAAAUGAACGAGCGUAAACCUACUUGGAACUGUCCAGUUUGUGAUAAGGCGGCGCUUUACGAUAAUCUCGUGAUUGACGGAUACUUUCAAGAAGUUCUUAAUUCAAAUAAGUUGUUGCCAGACGUAAAUGAGAUUCAGUUACUGCAGGACGGUUCAUGGGAGAAUUUAGUACUGAAAAAAGAAAAGGAUAAGGAUAAGGAAAAAAGUGAAGCAAAGGCUGCGACUGAUUCACGAGAUAAUAAAAUUGACGUGGAUACAGUGGAUUUAGAUGAAAGCAAUCCUCCGGCACCCAAGGAGAAGAAACGUGCCGUCAUUAUCGAUUUGAUAUCGGAUAGUGAUGAUGACGAUGAGGAUAACACGCCGACUCAAAGUACAAAGAAAUCAGCUGGUGGCACCUCAUCGCCAAAGAAAUCGCAGACAAGUUCUAUUAGUAGUACGAGCGAAUCGCCAGAAUUGAUGAUAAUCGAUUUAGAAUAAAAGUUGUUUAAUAUUGAACAUACUACUAAAUUUUUUAUAAAAAUCAGUACUUUUAUAAGGAACUCUCGAUAAUCCUCGUUUUGUUCUUUGACUACAAAUAUACUCAAUUGGGAGUUUCGCAACAUUAAUUUAUAAUUAAUUGCUAUUGGGGUAAUUUAAAAUAAAUAAAGACUUUUCAUUUAUUGUAACUUUAAUAACAUUGCAUUCCCAUAUACAAAUACAAUUCGUAUAUUUUGUUCAAUCUCACUUGGCAAACAAUGUAGUGCCAAAGUUGAGUCGUAUGAGACUGCGAUAAGCGAGUAUUGUAAUAGAAUUUUUAUUUUAAUCGUGUAAUAUAGUCGCUGUGUGGAAUGAUCAUGUAAAUGAAAAUAAAGUUACCUCCGUCUUUAUAGUAA